AUGGGCCGGCAGGAAGACGCCACAGAGCCGCCACUACUGCCCGGAAGUAAAUCGACCAAAGAGGAAGAGGAGAACUCAAACGGCCACAGUCACGAGCUCACCUCGGUGGAGUUUCCUAUCUUCUCGUACGAUGAAGAUGGUCUUGUGUCCGUUAUCACAGAGAUGCUCGAUACUGCGGGCGUCAUAAGCCAUUGGAAGAUUUCCACGGAUCGGCUGGGACACUUCCUUCUCACAGUCAAGUCCAACUAUCGAGCCAAUCCCUAUCACAACUUUCGACAUGCCUUUUGUGUGACGCAAAUCGUCUAUUCGCUGCUCGAGCUGCUCAAAUCCGACUUGCACCUGGACCUCGAUUCCUGGGGUGUGCUCAUCUUCGCCGCCAUUUGCCACGACGUAGAGAGUAGAGCUUUUGUGAGCCCGCUGGGAGACCACCCAGGAGUUGCGAACAGCUUUCUCAAAAACUCGUGCGACGCUCUGUAUAUCCUCUACGGGGAUUCCGGCACGCUGGAGCAUCACCAUUUUUCAACGCUGUGUAAGAUUCUCCACCACCGCGACAACGACAUUUUCACGAAUGUCCUGGACAAAAAGAGCAAUCUGCUAAGAAGGAUCAAAGACUUAAUCCUUUGCACGGAUAUGGCCAAGCAGCCAGAAUUCAUUGCUUCUGCUUCCAAAAAAGACUCGCUCAGCACCGACGAAACCCUCAAGCUUUUUCUAAAAUGCGCUGACAUCUCGAACGAAGUCCGCCCCAAACCGAUUGCUCAGAAAAUCGUGGACUCACUUUAUCAAGAAAUGAACAUGGAAAAGGAAUUGGCAACAUCACUCAAUAUUCCUCAAAGCGAAAUUGAAAUUCCUCGCGAGCAGCAGCAGUUCAACUUUCAUCGCAAUUGCGUGCUACCUCUAUUCAAUGUCUUGCUCCGCGCAUUCCCGCGCACUCGCGAUACCUUCUGGAGGCCACUGGAAGAGAGUGCACACGAGCUGGGAAUCGAGGAGUGGACGAGUCCAGCCGAGAGCUCUAAAAGGAGCAAGACUCAAGGAAAGCCUUGA